AGCCGCGAAGCCCGCGUCCUGAAACUGAAUCCAUUCCCUCAUUGAUAUUUGUUCUUUUCCCUGUGUUUUGAUUCAUUUACGAUUAGGGUGGAUUAGGCGUAUGUAAGUAGUGGCAAAAUGAGAUUAUGGAAUUCUACUUACGUACCAUCAAGAACUGAAAUCAUGGCUCUCUCUCUUUAUCCAGAUUUUGAUUUAGACGAUGAGGCCCUCUCUGUCUCGAUUUGUUUUUUUCAAAACCAACAUAGGAUCGCAGCACCAUUUAAGAAGGAUUUAUUGAAGGAAUUGAAUUUCUAUUUCUGCGAAAGAUCGACGAAGCAUCAACUGCAUCAGAUUCAAAAUCAUGUUGGCCAGUGGUGGAACGCGGCGAGGCAGUAACCGUAACUACAACAGUUCCUUUCACAUCGCCCUGACCGAGGAGAGGUUUUACCAGUUGCGAAAGUCGUAUGAAAUACAAAAUAUAUAUAUGCUCCCGUGUGCGAAUUCGUCUUUCUAUAAAGAAGCAACUGAAAAAGAAAAACGCAAUUAGCGGCAAUGCAUGUGUGACUGUUCGCAAAGCAAAUUCAAAGCAAAACAACUGAUCGAUCUAGGUUUGAUUCGAUUGUGAUUGAGGAAGUAUUGAGUUUACUUCUCUAUGCUUAUUGUUGUAUUUCUCUCAAAAAAUGAUGCAGUUUCUUUCUACCUCUUAGGGUCUACCAAUUCGGGAACUGGAGCAUAAUAUUUGCAUUGCAUAAGCCGUUCCGUUGUUUCGUCUCGUUCCUGAUCGGAUUCGUCCUCUUUUACGACCACCGCGAGGUUUUGCAGGCCCAGCGCGAUUAUGCAUUGCAAACACGAUGGUCUCAGUCGUGGGGGUCCGUCACAAUGUGAAAACCCCAAAUACGCCAUGUGCGGUCACAUGAAAAUGCAUGUGGAAGACCGAUGCAUGAUAUUGAUAACGAGAGAGCAAUGAAGAAAUGACAGCGAAAGGCAGCCCCUGGUCAGAAUUUUGUCUGUAUAGAGAUGAUAAUGAUGAAUUGAAGCGUUGCUGUGAUCUCAAAGCUGAGCCUGGUGGUCUUUUUAGUAUCAGUUCACAGCACCAGAGCUCGUGAAGCUGUGUUUACACACUGUGUGCGCUCCCAGACUUCGGGCUGAAAGUGUUUGUAAGGGAUAGUGAAUUUCGACGCGGAAAGAAGAGGUCCCAGUACUACGCUUCUUCUCUGGACGGCGGGAGCGUGGAGGAGCGGCUCACGCUGGAUAUCGAAUGGAAAAAUCCCCCCUCCCCAUAUCGAAAACGAAAUUUGUGAUGCUGUAUUUGAGGUCACAAAUCGACUUGUCAUGCUAGAAGGCCAAGAGCCGCAGUCGUGGCCUCGUUUGCAGGCAAUUUGUCACGCCGUUUCCCGCUCUCAGCUGCCUCCUAUCAUGCUGAAGAUGCAAGGCUUGACCACGGCACCCAGCACUACAGUCCGCAUCUUUUCCCGUGUAGCAUGAGAAAGCUGAUUUGUGACAACAAAUCUGCAUCACAGAUUUCCGCUUUGAUAUGGGGAGGGGGGAUUUUUCCUUUUGAUACUGGAGUUCCUGGAUUUGCUCGAAGAGGCCUUCGACAGCUCGGCAGAAAAAGAUCUUAUGAAAACGUAAACGAAACGCACUUCUAUAGUGAAUCUAUCACUACUGCUGGUGGAAGCAAGGCUAAGCAUGACUGGUCUACUUCAGGCACAAAUUAGUACAAUAUGAAAAUGUCGGACCGGAUGCGGUCACGGCAUACGCAUAGAGAGUUUCUUAUCUGUAAGGUCUAGAUAGAGCAGGUCGAACCUUAUUGCAUAAAUGAAAACGCGUCACAAUAAACUUCUACCGACGAUAGUGAUAGCGCUUUCCCUUUUCAUAGGUCCGACUAAAUUUUUACUCGAACAGCUCCGGCUGUUGCAACGAUCGGACGAGCGGUCCGCGCUGAACAAUAUGCUAUGUAGAAUCACCCUCGUCGCCCUCAGCAAUUUAGAUUUACAAGGAAGAAAUGCGCAGGUGCAAGGUAGGUAUUGAUUUUGACUUGGACUCGCUCAGCUAGAACAACUAGAGGCGACCUCCGAACAUGUUGAUUUUCACUACUUAUACUGACAAUGUUGACAUAGACAUUGGUGCGACAUUGUCAUAUACUUAAUGGACUUGCAAUUGCAUACUGGAGAUUUACAAAGUGAGCGCGAGGACGAGGGGGAUUUUUUCGUAGGAUAAGCAACUUAACACUCCGCGAGCGCAGCGACAAUGCCGACCUGCUACAAAAAGUUAUGGGCUUCGAAGCCGACGAAGUUGCCAGCAUGAGUAUCCCGUGUAGGAACCUUCCCUGACCGACGUCGUAUUAAUGCUACGGUAAAACUAAGGCAGCAUAUCUUGAUCUUGUGCAUGAACCAGCAUGCCAUCUGCAUGCUCCUGUGCCUCCCUUUGUAUGUUGAAAGACCCAAAACGGAGUUUCGUUACGAAGAUGAUCGAUGCACCUCAAUUGCCACAUCACAGUAGCGUCCUCCUACUUGGAGGUCAACUUCUUUUUUUAUUUGGACGGUCCCGUCCGGGUCGUCGGUCUUUGGUGUGAGUAGUUCGAGGGUACCUAUAUGAUGAUCAUGUCAUGCCUCAGCCGAAACAAACUUGCUUGGUCUGGAGUUGUGUGCCGAGAUUGCGUCAGCAACGUGUUCUGGAUAUGAGAUGAUGGUCGUGCUCGUGGGGAUGUUUUUGCACAGGAUACUCAUGCUCAACUGGUACGACGAAGCCGCAAAAAAUCUGACCACUUUGAACAACAAGGUUGGAAACAUCAGUUUCGCCACCAUAAUACGCAUUUACAAAAGCCUCGCAUAGAAGCGCCACACCCAAGCAAGAGCAACCUACCAGUACUACUUGUACUUGCAUUGCAGCUCAUUUUUUCUGCAAAUUGAAGUUCGCAAAGGCAAAUGAUCGGACGAAUUGGAUCGCAGCCGGAACAACUGUGAGAAUCAAAAUGCAAACGCUGCAUGUUGAAUCAAUGCAUGGGGUGUUGUGAUUGAUGUCAAAGCAAGAUGUAAGUUUCCCGUUGGUGUCUAUGUGAUGCUUUUGUACACCUGGAUAUGUCACGGCCCCCAGUACACGCCAGUUUUACAACCAGAAGCAAAACAACAACUCUCACAAAUCAGAAGAACCCAAACCGGCGGUGGCCAACACCAGCGGUCCGUCUUCGAUUUCGUCGGCGGGGCAGCAAGAAGAGAAGCAGGCCGAGUCGGACUCGUUUUCGGACUGA